AUCUACCCAUCCUUUGAAUGGUGAAGUGACCUGUUUAGAUUUGACAGUACUGAACCAAUCUGAGACUACAGCAAGUAAACUGCAUAUCAUUUGCUGACCAAAUGCCACAAAAUGUUGAAAUCAAAGCCAGCUACAAUGGAGAUCUGGAGGAUAUCAAGGCUGUAGCAAGGAAUCUAGCAGGAAAGGAACCAUUGGAGUUGAGCCAGAUAGAUACAUUUUUUCAGUGUUCAACUGGACGAUUGAAGUUGAGAGAGAUAAAGGGUGGAGAGAAGCCAAGCCAGUUGAUUGCAUAUGAACGUCCUGAUGAAGUCGCUGCAAAGUACAGUGAUUAUUCCUUUUAUCACCCAAUGGAUGCAGGGAGCUUGAAGCAUGUCCUAACACGCUCUCUUGGGAUCAUUGGUGAAGUGCGCAAAUCCCGUCUUGUGUAUUUGGUGGAUCAAACCCGCAUUCAUGUGGAUCAAGUAGAGGGCCUUGGGAAUUUUGUGGAAUUGGAGAAAUACAUAGCUGCAAAGGAUGCACAAAAACUCAAGGAAGUUCUCCCAUCUUGGUGUGAUUGGGAGAAAGAAAACCCACAAGCAUUAAAAUUAUGUCUUGGGGAAUUCCUACAUCUCUAUGGUGAUUACCAGCGAGAGAAGCUGCAGGGGAAUCCACAGUUUCAUGCCUUGUUUGAGGCACUUGAGAGACUGAAGAUUAAAGAGUAUAUUGUGAGGGAGCUAGACUGUGAAGUGCAAAUAGGUAUGAUGCUGCCUGUGCCACGAUUGACAGAAUUGGCAGAAAUUAGUCAGAAUGCUAGUCAUUUUGCUGAGCAAGAGAGUGUUGUUUGGAUCAAAUGCAUUUCUGUGGGAGAUGAACUUGAAGUCCAGAGUGUGAUGCCUUCACCAUUGGUGCUGGCUGCUCUUGGAGAAAGUGUUGUGGAAUUCAGUAGACCCAGAACAGUUUUGGAAUAUUUCAGGACUUUUGUCCCACAGAUGCAGAAGAAAGUUGAAAUUUUAGUAGCCUCAAAGUUGAAAGCAUUUGAAGUUUUGUCUGAACUUGGUAGUACAUUUCCUGAUCAUGUUACUAGAGUUACCAGAGAAAUUUCUCAAGGAACACUAUCCAUUUCUCUGAAGUUCCAGAGUUGCAACAGCAGUCUCACUUUUGAUAUUGCCAUACCAAAUGAAUUUCCAUUGAGGAAGCCCACUAUAGUCAAACAUGUGAAGGACACUGAACCCAGGGAGAGGAAGGUUGAAUAUGAAUAUAAUCCUGGCAUGUCUGGAGAAGAGAUUGGAAGAGAGAUAUGCUACUCCAUUGCCAGAAUAUUGGAAGAGUUGGACUGA